AAUAUGCCUGGUGCUCUUAUACUUAUAGCUGAUGGAACGGAGGAGAUGGAAUUUACAAUCACCUACGACACCUUCAUUAGGGCGGGAAUCGCAUGUCAAUCGGCUUUCGUGCCCGAAAUCACAAGUGAUAAUCUUGCCAGUUCUGCCAGUCCUCCAGCCGCUAAAGGAUCACGCGGGAUCCGUAUCUUGCCUGAUCUAUAUUUUGAAAGCAGCGUCUGUGGACCAGACAAGUACGACGCGCUCAUCAUUCCUGGGGGCGCCAAAGGGGCGGACACUAUCUCUAAGUCCAAAGAGGUUCAAGUCCUUGUGAGGAAAUACCUAGACGAAAAGAAGUAUGUGGGAAUGGUUUGUGCAGGUAGUCUCGCUGCGUUAAGGUCUGGCCUUAACAAACAGCCCUUAACGUCCCAUCCCGGUGUGAAAGACCAGCUCAUUGCAGACUUCGACUAUUCUGACGAGCCAGUUGUCGUCUCGGACAAUUUAGUAACUAGCCGCGGUCCAGGCACCACAUUCCCCUUUGCUUUGACUUUUGUCGAGCUCUUGUGCGGCACCGACAAACGGAAGGAAGUAUCCACCCCAAUGGUGUUCCCCCCGGGUACUCCAUGGUAAAUCCCUGUAAAACAUGAACUGCAACCUUGUACGAGUAUUGAAGUGAAUCGAGUUCAAUUGUCAUUCGGAACGUUUGCCCAAGUGUCCGUAACUAGCAGGAUUGGAAUGCAGCCUUCUGCGGAAAGGAAGGGCGACUCGGAAGGAGGCUUCAGCGAAAUCACAAUGUAAUCCUGUGUGUCAUAUCAGAGCAGUGAGCACAACUAUAUUUGGG